AUGUCAUCCCGUUGUUUUGCAGAUAUCAACGACUCCAGUGAUUUAUCCUUAACACAGCUACAAAAUAUCUCUGCUACGCUUGUCAACGAGGUCCAGCUUGGAAACAUUAGCCAAGUUGUUAACUUAACAGUAUCGGGCGUAGCUGUGGUGGAACCGCUUCCGUCUCCGGGAACAAAUGAGUGGAAUGCCACAACGACCGACUCUCCAUACACUACCAUUGUAGAGGCUUCGCGAAUGCGCUUCAACCCUGCGCCAGAACCGCAACACGAGGGAGUUGUUUUUAAGACGCAGCCCAAGAUACAAGUAUUGGAUGCACAGGGACAACCGAUCACACAGCUCGGCACAGCUUCCCAGCCUUGGCAGAUCACUGCCUCGCUACGUCCUGGUGGCUCCAACGCACUUGCCAACCUAACAGGAAAUCUCACUAUCGAGUUUGUCAAUGGUUGGGCAAACUUCACGGAUUUGCUGAUCACCCAAUUCGGCAGUGACUUCUAUAUCGACUUUGUGUUGACCUCACCAAGCGACAAAAACUUUUCCAUCUCCUCCGAUCCACUGACAGUUACUGGUCGACCAAUUACAGCCUCUGUUGCAUCCAUGACAUCGACUGUCAUUGAAAACAACUACUUUGCAAUUAACGUUGAGCUUCGCGAUGAGGUUACAUCGGAACUGAUACCAGAUAUUGCCUGGAGGGGUCACACCUGGACAAUGACAGCAGAACUGGACAAACCAGAACAUCACACAGGCGAGAUGACUGGAUCAAACGAGACCAUUUUCUCAACUUCAACGAGUUCAGCCAACUUUUACUCACUGAAUUUUACAUCUCUUGGAAUUUACGCAUUGAAGCUGCAUAUAUAUACGACUCCAUCUGCCUACGACUUCUAUAAAGAUGUCCAGGUAGCAGUAAGAUCACAGUCCCAGACAAACAUCGUCAUCCAACAGACAACUCUGGUCGAGAUGAAAUUUGAAUCAGACUUCAACACAGUGGUUGGUUCUGACAAUAAAUCCUUCGCCAUUAUGAUGGGGAACUACUUUGCUGCGAAAUAUCCUGAUGUUCUGGUCAACUCCGUUACCGUUACGGAAGGGAGUAUUGUCGUGACAUAUUCAAUCAGCGGUGGUAUAUCUGGAGUCAACACAACAGUAUACGGCAUGUGUGAUACUAUUCAAAAUAAUACAGGGUUUACCUUUAACUCUCAGACAAUCUCAUUGUCGGGUUACCUGACAGUAGGAGGAGUAUCAUACUACGGUGUUUCCUGUGGACCUAUCUCAACCACUAGUUCGGACGAAAGCAGCACCAACUUGGCACUGAUUAUCUCCCUUGCUGUCGUCUCUACACUCCUUGUCUGCUUAAUCGUGGCAAUUGUACUCUGGAAGUGCAAGGUGUAUCCGAAGACCAAGACGAGGGAUCUGAAUAACUAUGCGAACUACAUUGGUAACCCCAACACAAUUGAGGACAUUCUCUUCCGUGAACAGUCCUUCAUGAGUAUUCGCGACAAGUCGGCUGGCCUGCCCCAAGCUCCCGCUGCCACCACCAUCAGCAACUACAACACUCAUGGACGGGCCAGUCCCCUACCCUUCUAUACACAGAAGAUGAAACAAUGAUUACUCAUUUCCUAGGAAAACACAACUCUGAACCUGCAAAUCUGUGAUAUC